AUGUUGUCAUGUAGCUCUCGCGCUGCCCCCAAGGGCUUUCGCCCAUACAAUAAGCUUCUAGUAGCAAGAGCAGACCGAGCACGGCUUCACACCGACAGCAGGCCUGAAGACUACGAUGUAGUCAUCGUCGGAGGAGGACCGGCAGGACUCGCGCUCGCCAGCGCCCUAGGGUCGAAACCCCAUGUCCGGCAGACCACGAAGGUCGCGUUAAUUGAAGCGGGAGAUCUGGCGAAAAUCCGGGAAUGGCACCUUCCGGCGGGUUCGUUCUCUAACCGUGUCAGUUCCUUAACGAAUGCUUCCCAAUAUUUUCUGGAGAGUAUCGGGGCAUGGAGGUACGUGGAUGAGACGCGGACCGCACCCAUGGAAGAGAUGCAGGUAUGGGAUGGCAUCUCUGAUGCACGCAUUACGUAUGUCGCAUCCGAGCUGGGUUUCAGGCAUCCCACCCAAGAUGGGUCGUCAGUGCCCCAAAUGGCCCGCAUGACGGAGAACCUGAACCUGCAGCGGGCCCUACUUCGCCAUCUCUCAUCCGUCUCCGAAGUGCAGCUACUCGAUAAGACGAAAGUGAGCUCUAUAAUCCGCGAGGACAGGGAGGGUGGCGGCUGGCCCCUUGUCCAUCUCUCGGACGGGCGGGUCCUCCGGGCAAGACUUCUCAUUGGUGCAGAUGGGUUCAACUCGCCCGUCCGCUCAUAUGCCGGUAUAUCCUCUUAUGGCUGGGCGUACCCUACUCAAGCUAUCGUAGCGACGCUAUCCCACCAGCCUCGUUCGCCCUUGCAGGGCCCGAAUACUACGGCCUACCAACGCUUCCUCCCCACAGGACCCAUCGCAUUCCUCCCCUUGUCACCCACAGAGUCGUCCCUUGUCUGGUCAACUCGUCCGCACCUCGCUCAGAUCCUGACGAAAUCCAAUCCUGAUGUGCUCACAAGCAUGAUCAACGCAGCGUUCAGACUGCCCGAGGUGUCAAUAAGGCACCUGCACAAGCUUAUUUCGGACACUACGGCGCAUAUAACGCCUAACCAAAUUCAAGAAGAGAUCGCGUGGAGGGAGCGCUCGCACGCCAUUCCUCCCAAUUCUGCGCUUUCGUCGAGUUUGGCGAAUGUUGAUAACACGGGCUUACCCCCAGAGGACGCGGAGAUGUAUCCGCCGCUGGUCAAGUCGAUCCAGCCUGGUACCGUCGCUUCAUUCCCCUUGCGAUUUAAUCACGCAGAUACCUACAUCGGGGAGGGUGCCGGGAGCCGCACUGUCCUGGUCGGUGAUGCUGCGCACACCAUCCAUCCGCUCGCGGGGCAGGGGCUGAACAUGGGCUUGAUGGAUGUCGAAUCGCUGGCGGAAUGCAUCGGGAACGCCGUGCUCACCGGCGGGGACAUUGGCUCGUACACGGCGCUCAUGCCGUACGCCCAAGACAGGUACUUUGAGAAUCACAAGAUCCUAUCGGCCGUCGAUAAGCUCCACAAGCUGUACUCGUCGACGCUCGAGCCCGUGGUGUGGGCGCGGUCCGUCGGACUGGAAGUCGUGAACGAGCUCGACUCGGUCAAGGCAGCGAUUAUGAUGUCUGCUGGCGCCGAGCCCCGUGUCACGAUAGGAAGCGCGGCGAGGAUCUGGGGCGCGGCCGCCAAGGGCGUUGAAAGUUUGGCUGGUGCGAUGGGGCUCGCUGUGACAAUAGGUCAGGGCGCAGCGGGGGCUGUGCAUAAUGGGCUCCAGGAGCUCAUGAGAGCCACUACAGGACAAAGACGAGUGUAAUGCGCUUUUUGGGAGUACUAAUACAUACGCGAGUUCGCAUCGCCC